UGUAAUCUCAUUUUUGUAGUACCCCAUAAAGCCACAGGAGGGUCACACACACACACUACAAAAUCACCUAUGUUACAGGAAGUUGUAACUUCCUGAUGAGUGUUUAACUGUACGGAUCACACUUCUAUUUGCUCUUAUUUUGCUGUAACUCAUUGAAGGAACUGCUUUGGUGCAGCAGAGUAGCAAAGACCACUUCCUGAUGUUCAUACAAUGCCAUGUCCUGCUCUUCUAUGUUCUCUCCUUCUGCUGCAUCAAAUACAAGGGUCCAGUGCUGGGACUCCUGUGUUUGUGCCGACUGGAGGGGAUUUGAACCUUGAUGUGUUGGAUGCUGAUUUUCCUAAAACAUUUGACUUCUUUUUAUGGAAAUUUAAAACAGAAACUGUGAUGGUAACAUUUCAACCUAAUGGAGAACCGAACAUUCGUGAAGAAUACAGAGGAAGAAUUGAGGUUUCUGAGAAGAAAUACUCUGUGAGAUUAAAGCACCUGACAAAGGGAGACAGUGGAACCUAUGUUGCACGAGUGACGGCGGGUAAAGACCUCAUACUAGCUGAAUAUGAUGUUACAGUUCAAGAUCCAGUCUCUCCAGUUGAUCUGAUCAGUGACUCUGUGUUCAACAACUCCACCUGUAACGUCACAGCAGCCUGCACAACGCCAGAGUCUAGCAUCAGCAGCUCUUUCAGGUGUGAUGCUAAAACCUGCUAUCAGGAGGGAGGAAGAUCAGAGGUCAAUACAUCUGGGGGUUCCCUCCGCAUCUAUCUAUCAGCUGAAUCAAUCAUCUGUAACCAUAGCAACCAGGUCAGCUGGCUGAAAAAUGAGACAAAUCUUCGAUCUUUCUGUCCCAAAAUUGCUGAAAGCACGACUUAUAUUUGGACACCUGUAAUUGUUGUUGCUGUCAUUCUAAGUGUAGCUGCCAUGAUACUCUUGGUAUCUUAUUGGAGGAGGAGAGUUCAACCAGAAAACACAGAAAAUACCAUAUAUGCCACUCCUGAGACCCACAACAUCCAAAAUAGUGAGACACAAGCUGAUGCUGCUGAAGUCGAGUCUCCAUCCACCACCUACAGCUUGGUGGGGCCUGCUACAGAAAGGACCGAUCUACCGUCAAGUCUUUAUGCAACAGUACAAAAAAAUCCUUGAGUGAUGAAAGAAACUAAGAACUGAACCAAAAGCAUGGAAGAGCUGUUACUGCAACGUCACCCUCUUUAUGUAACCAGUAUUGUUUUCUUAUGAAAGCAGCAGUAUUAGGAUCGUUGCACCAUUCUGACGAGUUCUACCCCGUUAUAUAGGAUUUGUUAAAGUUUUUAUACUUUUAGACCAAACAUGCGUGGAGCCCGCCUCUCUCCCAGUAAAGGCUGCAGCUCUGCACCAACUGCCUGUGACCCAGCGCAGGAACAAGUGAGAAAGAAAAUGGGUAACACUUUAGUUUAGGGAACACAAAUUAACCAUUAAUUAGCUGCCAGUUAAUAUGCAUAUUAGUGGACUACUAAGUCUAAACUAGUCAUUAUUAAGCUUUAAUUAACUGCUUAUUACUAAUGUAACGUGAUGAAGGAGCCAUUUCUCAGGGUUAUUAUCCUCUAACCACGGUUGCCUUUGACACAGUGCCAGAGUGCAUGAAACAGCUUCAAGGUCAUGCAUUCGCUUCUGAACUAUUUACGUUCCAGCAAUGAAGACAGAAGAUGAAGAUUAUUCUUUUCUUUCAUUAGAUCAAAGAACUCUAUUUUCAAUAAAGCUAAUCAAAACAACUGUUAGUCAAAAAUACAACGUGACUGAUCUGUGAAAUCUCAACAUUAUGAUUAAUAUGUUUUUAAUAAGUAAAUGACUUAUUUUAGUCACUAGACAUGCUGAUACAUUAAGGUAAAUAAUCACAUGACACAUUGCUGUGCUGAUCCAAUCAGAACCUUCCCCGUCUGAAGCGUGGCGGAGUUUCUGUGGUGUUUAUUAAUUCUGUCAGCUUUGAUUCGUCCAGAAUCAAAAACAUCCAGAUUAAUAAAACAGUUCCAACGCCAUUUUAAUUCAGUAUUCAACAAGAUCUCAACAUCCCUUGAAGUUCGCCGCAUGUUAAGUGAAGUAUGGACAGGCCAUCUGUACUCCUCUUUUUAAGCUAAGAACUAUCAAGCUGGGAAAAACCCGUUGUUGUUAUCAAUCAACAACGGUUCCUUCAGAAUAAAAGCUGAAAUCACUGACCCAAGGAGGGUCCCCUUUUUGACGCUGUGAAACACCUGUCGCUGUUUACCUGGAGACAAUCCAAGGACUAGUCUGUCGUGCUGUGACGCUGUACCAUCGGCUCCAGUACCGGAAGGAAGGUCCGAGGACCUGGGCAUUCUGGAUCCACCGUGGAGGUCUCACUGAAGGGUAUGUGGAUGCGACAAACUGGCGUCUCAUGUGUUUAUGACCACGGUUCAAACUUGAUCAGUUAGGAGCAAAACAUCAUCUCCCACUCAGACUCGCUUCUCCGGACACAGAAGUUCUGAACUUGACAUCGUUCACACACACACCAUUCACCUCACAUUUCAUUCCAACAGAACAUUCAUCUUUAGAGAGUUUGUCUUGUUAAAUUGUUUAAAAUUAUUUCGUAACUAAAUUUCCUUAACCGUUUGAAAGUCUCUCUCUCUUCUCUUGUCUCUCAGUUCAUGCAAAGUGUUUAUUUAAUUUCCCUGUAAUAAAAAGAUCCAAUCUUCUGAUUUAAAUAACCCAGUGUCUGUAAGAUGGGAUUCAUACUAGAUAUGAAUCUUUAAUGUCUAUGGUCAUUAAAUUGUAAUUCUAAUCCAUUACACUAAUGCCAUAAUUCUAACAUUAACAGGCCAUAAAUUAAGAGUUUUAACAUAAUAUGCCAUUCAUAAUGGUUUGUUAACUGAAAGUAAAUGUUUAUUUGCUGAUUAACACACUUACUAAUUAGCUCUGACUUAAUGGGGAACAUAUUCUUGCCUUUAAGUGAUUAAUUGAUUGUUGUUUAGGCUCUAUUAUCAUGUGGAGUUUGGUGUUUAUGUACAUAAUACCAGAACAUAAUAUUUUUGUUUGUUAAUUCAGAAUAAUUAUUCCCCUUGAAUUACUUCUUUAACAGCCAAAUAUUGAUUUGAGCUAAUUAGUAUGUGCGUUAAUCAGCAACAAACCAUUUACUUUCAGUUAACAAACUAUUAUGAAUGGCUUAUUAUGAUAAAACUCUUAAUUUCCAUCCAUCCAUCCAUCCAUCCAUCCAUCCAUCCAUCAAUCCAUCCAUCCAUCCAU